GCGUGACACACAUGCUACGAUGCUGAUGUCUGCUUGUGCGUGUGCCGGAUUUUCCUUGUGAUGUUCGUUGACAGUCUUGCAAUGGAUGGAACUGCAGAACGACUCGACAUCCAUCUCUCCUCGACCAUGUCCUCAAUCCCCUCGGCAGUGCCACUCAAUGAUCCUGUUAUUGUGGACGAGAGCCUGAAGCAAAGGAACCGGGAAUGCGCAACUACUGUCCAUUGGAAUGUGCUGGAACAUUGCAGUGGCUUGUUGGCUAAUUUGGCAGCAGUAACCCAAGGUGCAUUUGUUUUCUUAAGGGCAACCAUUUUUUCCAUCUUUCAGCCACUGCUUCCAGGACUUGCAAUGCUUCCUGAGUGGAGUCCUUUACAGAAAGAACGAUUCUCUAAGCUUCUGCAGAGGGCCGCAGUUCAGUUUGACUGCUCCAACAUAGAUCACCAGACUUCUUUACGAGCUUUGUGGAAAGCAGCGUACCCAGACCGUGGUCUUAAUGGUCUUGUGUCUGACCAGUGGAAGGACAUGGGUUGGCAAGGAAGGGAUCCGUCAACAGAUUUCAGGGGUGGGGGCUUCAUCUCCUUGGAGAAUCUCCUCUACUUUGCAAACGAGCAUCCGCGUCAAUUCCGCCGUAUAUUCAACAAGGAAACGGGAAAGAGAGCAGACUGGGAGUACCCCUUUGCGGUUGCUGGUUUAAAUGUGACAUUCAUGCUUGUCGAAUUGCUUGGUUUACGGGCAGAUUCGAAGGUGCCGACCACACGUGCAGCUGUGCAUUUCACUGCAUAUCUAGAAGAUGAAGAAGAAGCUUUUGAUGAGCUUUACUGUGUUGCCUUCCAGCUGCUAGAUUCCCAAUGGUUGGAAAUGGGGGCGUCCUACAUGGAAUUCAAUUCUGUGCUCCGAGCAACAAGAAACCAAAUCGAGCAGGCGCUUUGUGUGCCAAAAUUGCCGAGGAUAUAUGACCUUAUGACAAUCCUGAAUCUACCUCAGUGAUCAGCGAUCGCAGUCGUGGUGUUUUUCUUCAGCAUCUGUACGCCUAUGGGGUGUUGACUCUGGAGACUGUGCGUACGGAGGAAUAAUGGGAGAUCAGGCGAGCUUCGGCGAAAGACAUGGUUUGGAUGAGCAUCCUUGCAGUCAUCCGUACGGAAGACCGAGGAGCGUAGCUGAGGAUGGAGGGGUGGCAAUGCCACAAAGUGAUGGGGAGCAUGAGGGAGAGAUGAAUGGCCGAGAGAGAAUGAUGACAGAAGGGCAUAACCGAGGAUGAGGGGUAGCAGUGCCACAAAAUGUAGGGGAGGAGAAGGAGCGAUGAUCGGGCGAGUGAGAGCGGAGCACUCUGUGAAACACUCACUUCUUACAGCGUGCAGAUGCGCAUGCUGAUCUUAUACUGUUGCUGGCAGUGGAAAUGGGGAGGCUGUGGUACAUGGACAGCUACGGAGCCCACUCCAUUCACUCAAUGGCGAUUGCUACUGCUUGUUCGCGUAAGGAAGGUUCAGUGCGCAUGAUGGUACGUGUUCCAACUGGUUUGCCUGGUGGUCUUUAAUGAUGCCAUCCUUUGUCCCCAGGUGCUUCUGCCUGGUGCUGUUCUUUUAUGAUAUGAUUGGGCAAAAGGAGCUUGCUAGAUAAACUUACGGCGGUUUGAUGGUGUAUACGGCAUCUUGUUCGAAUGGAUCAGUAUGUGAGACAUGCUUGACAUCGAUGCUCAUGUGCCGGUAGUAUGAUCGUUUGGCGGCUACGGGAUUAGAUGCUGCGACAUUUGGGCAACUUCACGAUGCACUCAGUGCCUAUCCCCAUCCCUUCUGAGUAGGAAUGAGAGAGUGCCGUUUCUGACGGUGAGCGAUGGCCAUUGCUCGUUAUCUUAGGGAUGGUGCGGCACAUACGAUGGUACGCCUUCAGCUGGUUUCAGGAGCUUUCUCUUAACCUGGCCGGUCAUGUUUGCCGGCAGGUUCUUCUGCCUGCUGCCGCUGUUUACGAAGGAGAGUACUCUGUUUCUGACGGUGAGCGAAUGCUGCCAGUGCUCGGUAUCUUAGGGAGAAGGUGCGGCAUAUAUGGUGGUAGGCGUUCAGCUGGUUUCGGGAGCUUUCUCUCAACCUUUCUGGUAAUGUUUGCUGCCAGGUUCUUCUGCCUGCUGCUCUUUUUAGGACUGGAGAUAGCAAGCUUUGCCAGAUAGACUUUGGUGGCUUCAUGGUGUAUACGAUUUAUCCUGUUCGACGUUGAUGCAUGAUCAGAAUCUCUACGGACUUAUCGUUGUAGAAGAUUGCUUCAGACGCGGUGAUUCGUGGACAGAUCCAAAGCUCACUCCAUUCACUGAAUGGCAAUAGCCGUUGCUCGUUCGCAUAGGGUGAAGGUCCGGCAUAUGUGAUGGUACGCCUUGCGACUGAUUUCCGGAAACUUUCUUCCCCCUCAACCUGUCUCGUCGUGUUUGUCGCCGGGGUCUUCUCUGCCUGCUGCUCUUUGAGGAUUGGCUGUGGAUAGCGAGCUUACCAGAUAGACUUAGACUUUGGCGGUCUCAUGGUGUGUACGGUCUAUCCAGUUUCAUCGUGAUGCACAAUCCGAAUCUCUAUCGAUUCUCUCUCCAUCUUUGUGGCACAUUCCUACUUCCUCUCUCCUCUGUUGCUUGCCACAAACAGGGAGAAAAGCUGGAUGAGUUUAUCAGCUAAGAGGUCCAUAACAGAAGAGAAGGCUGGCGUUCGAACGGCACAAGUGAGAUCCUUGGGUGAGAUGAUGUAAAGCAUGGGACCUUGGGUGAUGAUGUAAGCAUCGGAUCGACCCCCAUGGCCUUCACAUAUACAGGCCAUUGAUAAGCUUCGGCGUUGAGUGGUGAGCGCACAAUACGAAAUGAAUGUUUCCACGAGUG